AUGACUUACAACAUCAUUUACACUUGUCGUCUUCAGUCAACGAGUACACAUUUUGUAGUUGAAAAUAGAGAAAUGGGAGAUAGAAAAUCACUGCAUGAUUAUUGA